AUGGAGGAAAUUAUUGAUGUUUUUGAAGAGAAAGAAGAAGGAGAAUGGGCUGAAGAAAAUAUAUCAGAAAGAAAGUUAAACUUAAAUCAACCAUUUAGAACUAAUAAAAUGUUGGAAAAGAACAAAGAAGAGGAAGGGGUUCUUAUUUCAGCAAUACUUGAUCCUAGAAUUAAGUGUCUUGGAUUUGUUGAUGAAGAAAUUCAUAAUAAAACAAAAGAUCUAUUAAAAAGCAAAUACGAUUAG